GUCGGUCAGUGAUAAAUGCUAACUGCAUGUCUUGUCAGGAAGGAUGAUAGUACUCGUGCACUUCUGUCACGUGAAUUAUUUAUCUUUCAAGUGGAUGUUUGCUAUACUGGGUACUGCAAAAUGCAGAGAAUAUGGAAGUGGACACAAAGGAGACAAUUGAAGUAGACUGGACACUACAGCCUUCCCAAGUAACAGAGGCCUUUAAGAACACAGCUUCUCAUAUACUAGCCGGAGACAAGUCACAAUGGCCUCAAGUUAUGUCUUUCUCCUUGUUGGGAAGACAGGCAAUGGGAAGAGCAGUCUGGGAAAUUGUCUUUUAGGACAAGAGGACUUCUUGACUGGUUCUAGCAUGUCUUCAACAACAACUAAAGCUGAGAAAAGAUCAAGAAUAAGAGACGAAGAAACUAUAACUGUGGUGGACACUCCGGACAUCGUUAACCUGGACUACAGUCCUGAGGAAAGGAGGGAGGAGAUCCAGAGUUGGAAGGCGCUGACGUCACCCGCCCACCCGACCAUUCUACUGGCCGUGCGCUGUGACGUGCGCUACACGGCCGAGGAGUACGCCAUCUACAAGGAGUUCAAGAGUCUCUGGGGAGACAACUCCAGCAUCAAGCGCCAACUGGUUGUGGCCUUCACCUUCGGUGACAGGCAGGACAGAGACCUCGAUGAGGAGCUGAAGGGCGUGUGUCCCGAGCUGAAGAAAGUCUUGAACGACGCUGGUAACCGCUACGUGCUCUUCAACAAACAGGACCCAAACAAAAUUCAGCAAGUGGACAAACUUCUCAAAAUCAUAAGACCACCUGACAGGUCACAGAUGCCUUUCUCCUCUCCCCACAUCUUCAAGAUACUGUCCGUGGUGUGCUUGGUCAUCGCCCUUCUUUCUGCAGUCGGCUGUAUCGUUGCUGGCGUCUUCGAUCAACUGGGAUUAACGAUCGGCCUCGGGGUGUUCGGUCUCAUGACUGCUGUGCUGUUAUUAGUGUGUGGGUAUGAAGCCCAGAAACAUAGCCGAAGUAGUCUCAUGAAUCCGUAAGAAAUUGGCAUCAUACGAUUGAUGUUCGUUAUAGUAAGAAAAAUACAAUCAAGACUGACACAAGAACAAAAAAUAAACCAAAAUAAUAUUGCUCAACACAUUUCUGUAUCUGACACGAAAUCCUCUUACGUGUCUAGUUGUGCAGUGGAGUGUGGAAACAAAUCUUAAUAAGACUACUUAGUGGUCCAGAUUUUAUAUUAUAUAUAUAUAGAAACGUGUGUUUCAUGUCCAAUACGAUUCCUUAUUUUAGAAUAAAGUAUGUGAUCAUUCAUUGUUAUCUUACCCGGCCAAGCCCUCAUCUCAACCUACUUUGUUACAGAAUGUAUUUUGUUCAAAGCUCCCCUAGUUAUGGAUCAUAUCCAUACACCCUCUUCAUGUCGCCACUCUCGCCUCUCACUCUCUAUUUGUGGUCGGCGGAUGGAAAGAAAAUCAUUUCAAGUUAACAAAUCACAAGAGAACGUACCAUUGUCAGACAUUUUUUUCUUGACGCUGUGUCAGACCUUGAAAUCGCAAAGCCCAUAAAAUUCUUCAAACACACAAUAAAACUUAAACAUUUCUAUGUAUGUGUGAACUGCGUUAUAACAUCUUAGGUAUGUCGAUUAUUCAACAACUGUAAAAAUAAUAACUCGGAGAAGUUUUUGUGGAUCUUCACAUUUUUGUCAACCAUGCAUCAAUU